AUGGGUACAGAUGCUUGCUAUAUGUGUAAGAAGUCAGGACACUUCGCGAGAGAAUGUCCACUGCUCAUGGAGCCAACCAAAGGGAGAGUAUUUGCGAUGACUCAAGAGAAGGUGGACCUGGACACAACUAUUAUCACAGAUUCCGGAGCUACACAUUCCUUUAUAUCUGAGGCUUACCUCACAAAACUGGGCAUUAUACCUGAACGAAUGGUUGCGGGAUAUAGUGUUUCAUUACUGUCAGGGGAGGAAUUGCAUAGCAAUAGGAUGGUAAAGAACUGUCAGAUGAUGAUACAAAAUCAUAUGGUGGGCGCGAGGUUCAUCGUGUUGGAAAUGACAGAGUUUGAUGUGAUUCUUAGCAUGGACUGGCUGGUUCAGCACGAGGCAGUCAUCGAUUACAAAUAG